AUGGCGCCCUCAACAGCCCCCUCGCCCACCAUCGAGACAAUCGACCUCACGUACACGUUCCCGGACCAAUCGGCGGGCGUGUCCAACAUCACGCUCUCGCUACCGGCGCGCUCGCGCACGCUGCUGAUCGGCGCCAACGGGGCGGGCAAAACCACGCUGCUCCGGCUGCUGGCCGGCAAGCGGCUGGCGCCGGCGGGGACGAUCCGCGUGUCGGGCGUCGACCCGUUCAAGGACGGGCUCGAGGGCGUGACCUACCUGGGGCUCGAAUGGGUGCUGAACGCGAUCGUGCGGACCGACAUCGGCGUGGAGGAGCUGCUGCGCUCCGUCGGCGGCGACGUGUAUCCCGCGCGCCGGGACGAGCUGGUCGGCGUCCUGGACAUCGACACCAGCUGGCGCAUGCACGCCGUGUCGGACGGCGAGCGGCGCCGCGUGCAGCUGGCCAUGGGCCUGAUCCGGCCGUGGACCGUGCUGUUGCUGGACGAGAUCACGGUCGACCUGGACGUCUGGAGCCGCGCGCAGUUUCUGGGCUUCCUGAGGCGCGAGACGGAGACGCGCGAGUGCACCGUGGUCUACGCGACGCAUAUCCUGGACAACCUGGCGGGCUGGCCGACGCAUCUGGUGCACAUGCACCUGGGCACCGUCAAGGGCUGGGGGCUGGCCGAGGAGAUGCUCCGGGAGGUGGACGAGCGGAACAAGACCGAGGGCCCGGCGGGCGCGCCGGGGAACAGCAAGCUGGGCGAGCUGGUGCUGAGGUGGCUGCGGGACGAUCUGAAGGAGAGAGGCCCGCGGAGCCAGCACAAGCGGGGCCCCGAGGGCUGGACGUAUAGCGUGACGGGCAUUGGAGGCUACGGUUACGAGCGGAAGGACUCGACCGAGUAG